GUUGCUAUUAGUAACACUAUAAACAGAAGAGUUUCAGAAUCUUUAUAUGAAUAAGCCUUAUAAGGGCUCUAGAAAUCUAGAGAUUAGAUUAUAUUUUAGAUCUAGACGUCUAAGAUCGAUUCUAACAGCCAGUAUUUUAUAUCUAUGUCGAGAAUUAGUUUACAUUUUCCCAGAAACACUUCGGCUUUCCUCUAGAAAACAUGAUCAAAUAAUGUGUCGCUGAACUGGACUAAAUUAGGAGUAGGACUUAGAAACUUAGUAAAGUAAAUCAAAAGUCAUAAUGAAUAAUGAUAAGUCUCAUUGAUUAACUUAGCUAACCUAACUUCCUUAAAAACGUUACAACUAUGUCUGUAGCCAACAAUCUAAAACAAAAAAUGGUUUCACCUAAACAAUUUGAAAUGGUAGUGAAAAUGGGCUGCCAAUGUCCAAGCAUCUGUUCUAAAGAUCGCAAAAACCCAUUACCUUCAACAUCUUACAGUGAUGAUUAUACAGAUCUUGAGAAUGCAUUCAUGGGGCAGAGAGAUGAACUCAACUUUGCAGAUCAUGUUAAAACUUUGAUUACUUAUAAGGAUCCUCUAAAUCCUCCAGAUGAACAAUCUUUCAACAGAAAUUCAUCAGGUUCAAAGCCAGGGAGAAAUAUGAGAGCAUGUAAAAGUGUAACCGCUCACUGUAAGGAUAUUCCUGACAUGAUGAGCAAACGAAAACAUUUACUUAAAAAGCAAGGAAAAGAAAAACUUCAAUUUGAGAAGGAAGAAAGCUCAGUACAGAUGGCCACCGCUUUAGUGAAUGGUUUAUUGCACAAUGGUUUUCAACUCGAAGCACCUGAUGAAACACCACGGGAGGAUUAUAUGAAUCCCCUUGCUCCAACAUUUAGCACUGUGAAGCCUAUUGAAGAAACUAUGUUGAUAGCCGAUGUAUAUAGAGAAGUAAGGAGAGUUGGGGAAAGUGAAAGCUGAAUGACUGUUUUAUCCUUUUGAUUAUGGCAUACAUAUUUUACUUUGACAGAAAAAUGAAUUAGUUCUGUCUGGAGUUAAUUUGACAGAAACAUCUACAUUUCUUUAUUAAUUUUCUCUUUGCACAGCCAUAAACACAUUUUAUUUUGGAGUUAUAAAGAUUAUCAUUCUUGAAUUCCUAACAGUUCAAGUAAUUUAUUAUGCAGUAAUAAAAAAAACAUUUUUUUACUUUAAUGAGAAAAUUUUUGAUGACUUAAAUGCUAUAUGUCUUGUGCUUCUUGUUCAAGUAAUUUUUUUUUGAAUGCUGCAAUGUUGCACAAGUCAUAAGAAUUUUUCAAGAAAUUAAAUGAUAACUAGACUUUUAUGGCUACUUGUUGAGGUAAUUUUUGUUACCUUUUGUUAUUGAGAAAAUAAAUAAAACAUUUAAACCAUUCUUGCCAAAAUAAUACAAAUAUUAUGUAACUUUUUUUAAGCCCUGUUCCAUAACUUCUCUUUUUAGUUUUUGAUGAGGUGUUUCUGAGGAGGUUAAUAGCAACAAAAAUGUGCCAGCAAUCACUUUUUUGUACUUAAAAAAUUAUUUUAUUCGGGUAGCUGGUUCAAAUUAUUUUUUUUUAUCACCAUAACCUUCUAUGGCAAUCGUUUUAAGAUGCUGACAAAUAAUUUCCAACAUUUUCAUUAAAAGUUUUUGAAUGUAACAUGAACUGCCCCCUUUUUUUGUUUUGGUUUGUUUGUACCUAACCUGUAAAUGUUGAACAACUAACUCUUUGUGAUAAUGGUCCAAGAAACAUUUUUUUUUAGCUUUUUUCUGAAAUGAUUUAUUAUAAGACUGAUAAAAGGUUUUAUGAGUUUCAGAUGUUUUUUUCAGAAAUGAACCCCAAACCUCUCAGGAUGGCAGGAGAUGGGCUCAAAAUUGGAACCAUUGUGAUGACAGUCUUGUGUGCAUAUCACAUGACCAGUAUAAAUCAUGCACACCCACCACAAUAGGCAAUUAGCAACUAUACAUGAUGUAACAUUCUAUGCACAUCUUAGUAAAGUUCCCCUUUCAGACCUUAUGAUCUAUAGGGCAGAUGAUGUAAAGGUCAACUGUUUCUGUGGCCCAUGGUUAACAAGGGUGUCAUGUGGCCAUCACAACGACCAACCGCCUUUACUUUUCCCAAACUAAUGUAAGGUACUCACUAGAGCUGGUUGGACUCAGAGGCACUUUAAAGAUCCCGAAAUUCAAAAUCCCACUCUUCAACAGUAUUUGAACCCAGGAUCUAUUGUUCAGAAGCUGAGCACUUAAUCACUCAGCCACUGUGCCUCCACAUGACCAGUCAGCCAUCUUUAAUUGGUGAAAUUUUAUUUUAAAAUAAAAUUAUUAGUCAAAACUUAGUAUUAAAUCUUGUUUAGGUUUAGGUUUUUGUUCACAAGAAAGUUUCAAAACAACUUCUAGCAAACCCUUUAAUUUGAUAAAUUGUCAGGAUUUAAAUAAGAUUUAUAUAUUUCCACAUAAUAUUGUAUGGGCCAUUAUCACAAAGUAUUGUUACAUGGCCAAAACCACACUUGUUUUUCUACAAAUAAUUGUAUGAAUUAAUACACUAUUUACUUUUUUAAAAUAUAUCUAUAUUCAUGUGCAUUGUUUUAGAAUAUCUCUAUUUUUAUUUUUGCCAUUUUUGUAGCAAUUACACUAUUUCUGUAGAAAGAGCUUGGGUUCCUAUGCAUGCUGGAGGACCUGAGCUUGAGUAUAGAAUAUGUGCUUUUGUACAUUUCUUUACAUCAGUGACUUAUACAACUACUCGACCUAUGUGACUGAGUGGCUUAAGCCUGAGAAUCUUUAGUUUGAACAAUAACCACACAUUUCUACCUAAAUUGAUUUUAAAUUCAAGACUUCAACUGAAUUUAAAACUGCCAAAAUAUUUAUUCAUGUCAUAAAUAAGCUUUAUGUAUUUGAACAUUUCCAGACAUCACAUUUGUAUUCAUAUAUUAUGUAUCUUGCUAAAACUGGUGAUGAUUUGUUUAUUUUUAUACUAUUAUUUGUAUUCAUUGAUUGCUUUCUGUUGUUGUUGUUAUCUUAGCCACAUCCUUUUGCAAUACUUGUUACUUUUAAUUAUCCUGGUUUGGUUUGGUAUAAAUUUCAUAUUUCUUGGAGCAUUAUAUCCACUUUAAUAAGCCUCUUUUAAUAAUAUUGUAAUGCCUCUCUCUUUCCUGGCUCUCUAAAACACUGAACCACACAACACAAAUCAACUUACUUAAAGUACUUGUCAACUCAGGGUACCAAUAAAUCAUAGCUGUACAUUUGGCAGCAGCACCUAACACUGACUGUACAAAUACUUCAUCAUAGUUAACACAAUGCUGUAUAACCUCUAUACUUCUGAAUGAAAUUCUACUGGUCUAUCCAUUUUGUCUUGGACUCCUACUGGAUUCAACUUCACACUGGACUCAUAGUACUGGCAGCAGCACCUAACACUGACUGCACAAAUACUUCAUCAUAGUUAACACAAUGCUGUAUAACCUCUAUACUUCUGAAUGAAAUUCUACUGGUCUAUCCAUUUUGUCUUGGACUCCUACUGGAUUCAACUUCACACUGGACUCAUAGUACUGGAGUGGGUUUGAAUUGUAAAGUCACUUGACUUGACACCUUCACUUUUUAUAUAGUGUCUCCGAAGGCCUUCUUGAAACUGACAGAACAUCGUUCAUCCCUUCUGAAUGAUUACAUAUAUGGCCAUAUCCAGUGUAUGUAGCAUUCAUAAAACAGAUCUGUCCUGAAGCCUUGCCACUUGUCGCAGUUGACCACUCACCUAGCUCUGGCGACCUGUGUUAUCUGUGUCACCUGGUUGCACAUCCACAAUUUCCCCUAUUCCUGUUGCCACCACAGUUAUAACAAUAUAUAGUAUUUAAUUUAUUUAAAAAAAAAAAAAAAAUUUUACUCUUCUUGUUUUCAGUUUCCAUUAUCAAACAUUGUUUUAGAUAUAUGCUUAACCAUUGUUAUAUAAAAAUAUAGUCGCCAUUAGGGUUUCCCCUUAAGACUCACUUGGAAAAAAGUAUUUCUAUAUUUGAACUUCAUAAAUUCAUUAAUGAUGUCAAUAACAGUAAUCAUAGUAAGCAACUUUUCGAGUUGUAUACUGUGUUUACUUUUCUUUUAAUAACUAAUGAAUUUAUAAAGAUACAAAGAUGUUAAUUUCCACGAGUUGGUGAUUCUUUGCCGGAGUACCUGGCAGAACCUACGACACGGCUGAUCCCAAACUCUUCUGUUAGACACUCAGUCAGCUGCGUGGAGAGGGUGGAACUGCUAAUGUGGGUGACAUAGUUCCGACCAUAGCUAGUGAUCAGGCUUUCAUCUCAUUUCUAUAAGAUGAACCAUAGCAGCUCCAAGACUGAGAGAGGCAAUAAAUCGCAAUCAUUUUCUUUAGGCAAUGUAUGCACAUUUGAAAUGUAUUUUGACUGUGAUAAGCUCAUGAAGGUUGAUUUUUUAAUGUUCUUGAUUAUAUCUUAAUCAUAUCUUUUGAUACAAACAUUAUAUUGUCUGGUUUUUGGAGGUAUUAAAGGUUGAGUUUGUUGCAUUGCAAUUGGUCUUCAUUAUGUAAAUAUCUGUCAAUAUAAGAAUAAGGCUUGGUCUUUAUAUUCAAAGUUUAGGGGUUACUGCAGGGAUUUACAUUGAUUUGAAGACAUGGCUGGAAAUCUAGAAAUCUAGUCAGCUGCAAAAUGAUUUUAGUGCUUCUAAACCAGGGGUUCUCAACCUGAGGGCGCGACCCCAUUGGGGGUCAGUUGACGAUUUGCCAGGGGUCGCCUAAGACGAAAAUAUGGAUUGUUAUUGUCUACUCUUGUAUGUCUGUAUGUAUGUGUGUGUGUGGGGGGGGUCGCGGCAGAGUGGUGAAUUGUAAAAAGGGGCGCCGAGCUUAAAAGGUUGAAAACCGCCGUUCUAAACUUAAUAAAAAAAAAAAAAAAAAAAAGAUGAAUGCUUUUCUUCUCUCUGCUUGUCAAAAUCAGGUUUUAACUUAAUUGCAAAACAACAUAAUGGCAAAAAAAAACUUUUUUUUUUAAAUAAAAUAUAUUUAUAAAAUUAUUAGAUGAACAUUUGAAAUAGUUAUAAAUAAAAUAAAAGAUACCUAAGCAAUGCAAUGUUCAUACUAUUUUCUUUACAACAUUCACAUUCACUUCAAUAGAUACUUUAUAACAGUAAUAUCAAUUAUAACUACAUACAUUUUUAUUAUAACUAAUAUAACUACAUAGAUUUUCACAAAUAUCUCUGUUCAUCUGGAUAUGUAUCAAUAUAUAACAUGAAAGCAAAUAGUAAAAUAACAAAAAUAAACGAAUAACUUAAAAGGUUUGAAAGCUGGAUGUCAGGUCUAGUGCCAGCUUGAAUGUGAGAAUAGCAUAAAUCAAUGGAAUGUCUGAGCUAGCUGGAUCCUUUCAAGCACAUUUGAUUCUUCCUACUUUAAAUUCCUCUUUGAUGUAAAAGCCAAGCGGGCAAAAGUGUUGAAUGUACCAGCAGCCAAAAUGGCUUAAACAAAUUUAGAUAAGGAGAAUUGAAGAAGAAAUAUUUUCUAAAAAUUAGGUCAAGUUCAAAUAUUAUGUUAUAAUGAUAGUGUCUACAUAUUUAUGAAGCAACAAAAAAAAAGUGAAAAUAUCUAUCUGGAUACAAGUUCAUAACAAAAAACAACAACAUAAUAACAUUAAAAAAAAAUAACAAGGUUACAAAGACAGUUUGUGUGGAAACACAAACUAAUAAUCGGCCCCGAAGUGGUCCAACCAGGCAGGUAAAAUGGUAGGUUUUAAUAUUUUCAUAAAGAAUAUCAGAAUGACAGAGAAGAAUGG